AGAAUAAAGAGUAAUGCCUCCUUUUCAAAUCUUUUCUUUGCCACCAUAUUUUAUAUACCAGAUUACCACACAGCUUUAUUUUUGUUAGUUAUUUUUUCCCCUUAAGUUUGUUGUUUGGUUCGACUUGAGAAAUAGAUCAAAACCCAAAAUGAGGAUUCUGAAGGUUUUUCUCAUUCUCACCUUCUUUGAUCACCUCUCAACUUCUUUGGCAGCAGCUUGUGCAGAAGGAGAUAGAGUGGCUCUUUUGGGGUUCAAGGCCAGGAUAGUGAAGGACACUACUGAUCUGUUAUCUUCUUGGAGAGGCAAAGAUUGCUGUGGAGGUGGGUGGGAAGGCAUCGAAUGCGAUCCGGCAACCGGGAGAGUCACCAGGCUCAUACUGCAGAGGCCUUCAGAGAGGGAUCCCAACAUUUACAUGAAGGGCACCUUGUCCCCAACACUAGGGAGCCUGCAUUCCUUGGAGACCAUGAUUAUAAGUGGGAUGAAACGCAUUGCAGGAACAAUCCCAGAGAGCCUCUCCAAUCUCACCUCUCUGCAGCAGCUUAUCUUGGAUGAUAAUUCUCUGCAAGGGACUAUCCCUACAAGUUUGGGUCACUUGCCUUCUCUUCAGGCACUUUCCUUGAGCAGCAACCGCUUAUCCGGCCAAAUCCCGGCUGCCUUAGGUAACUUGAGAAACCUUCAACAGCUUAGUCUGGGUGGCAAUGCUCUCACAGGGCCUAUCCCAAUUUUUGCCUUCUCCACUUUACAGUCCUUUGAUCUCAGCCACAAUCUGUUAUCAGGGUUUAUCCCAGACUUUAUAGGUCAGCUUCAGAACUUAACAUACCUUGAUCUCUCUAACAAUCAACUUUCUGGGCAGCUGCCAAUUUCCUUGACCAAUUUGAACAAACUUUCCUUCCUUUCACUUGAGCAUAAUCAGCUAAGCGGGAGGAUCCCGCCGCAGAUUGGCAAGUUGAAAUCACUCAGCGGGCUGUCGUUGAGCUUUAACCGGUUCACGGGGCAAAUCCCAGAUUCCAUUGCAGCUCUGCCAAACUUAUGGAACCUUAGUUUAUCCAAAAACAUGCUUUCCAACCCUUUACCUGCUUCCUUCUCCAAAGCCAGUGGCCUUCCUUCUCUGCUGUCAAUAGAUCUUUCCUAUAACAACUUCAAUUUAGGGAGUGUGCCAGAAUGGAUCAGAAACAGACAACUUUCUGAUGUGAAUUUAGCUGGGUGUAAGCUUCAGGGUAUCCUUCCAAAUUUCACUAGGCCUGAUUCCUUCAACUCCAUAGACCUAUCAGACAAUGCCUUUACAGGUGGGCUAUCAAAUUUCUUGGAAAGAAUGUCCAGCCUGCAAAAAGUCAAGAUAUCCAACAACCAAUUAAAAGGUGAUGUUGCAGGAAUCAGGAUACCUGAUGCUAUUUCAUCUCUUGAUCUUCAUGCAAACCAGCUCUCCGGAUCCCUCUCAGGGAUACUAAGCAACAAGACAAGCAAAUUCUUGGAGUACAUUGACCUCUCAACAAAUCACAUUUCAGGAAACAUUCCGGAGUUUGUUGUUGGGUUGAAUUUGAGAGUGCUCAACGUGGCGAAUAACAAGAUCAUAGGCCAUAUCCCGGAUGCAGUCUCUAACCUGGAAAAACUAGAGAGGUUGGACAUGAGGAGGAACCAAAUUACAGGCACAAUCCCUACACGUUUUGGGCAACUAGUCAAGCUGCAAUGGUUAGACUUGUCCAUCAAUGCCAUCACAGGAAAAAUCCCAGACAGCUUGCUUGGGAUUGCAACACUUAAACACGCAAACUUCAGGGCAAACAGAUUAUGUGGAGAGAUCCCACAAGGAAGACCAUACAACAUCUUCCCUCCUGCAGCUUAUGCUCAUAACCUUUGUUUGUGUGGCAAGCCAUUGCCACCCUGUAGGGGAAAGAAACCAAAGAAGAUGGGCCAGUGAAAGCUGACUUGAUCUAUAGGAAGGUUUUGCUCACUUGCCAAAUGAGCAAUUAAGUUUCUUUUCAUGUAAAGAAGGCAAUAGCCUUACAGGUCUCUUAGCCAGCCCUUUAAAAGCCCUGAGAUACACUUCUUUUUCCAUUAGCUUACUUGUACACCAUUAUAUCCCACAUAUCAGCAAUUUUUCAUUGGCUUCAAUGAAGAAAUUUCAUUUACAAAGACUUGUAGUAUCAAUUGUUAGUGGAGCAAUAAGCAUUUUCACAUCCCAGGAUUUAUG